AUGGGCGGCCUCAACAUCUCGUACACGGACGACUCAGAGAAUGCCACGGCGACCCCCCUUCUGGAGAACCUGUUCGCCGUGCCCCCGCGCAGCGACGUCCCGGACAUCGACAUGUCCGUGUUGUUCAUCAAGGCGCUCCACUCUUUCGACGCUACCCAAUCGCAGGAGGAGUCUGAAAACUCGGUGUGUCUCUCGUUCAACCAUGGCGACUUGGCUUUCGUCCACACCAUCGACGACUCUGGCUGGGGCGAAGUUACGCUCUUGGAGACGCUCGAUCGCGGCUGGAUCCCGAUGAACUUCUUUUCUGUAGCAGUCAACGACGAGCACGACGCGUCUCCAAACAAAACCACUGCUUUGUCUUACGCGCACUACAUGGGGCCCCUCCUCGACUCGUGUGGGAAAUUUCUCUCCAACCCCAUCUCCCACACCUCGAGAUACGGAAAGAAAACGUUCUCCAUAAAAAUAAUCAACAGCGUGCGUAACGGUGUCCGCAGAUUGCUCCAGGAAACGGACUGUUUAUCACGGUCCAACGAGAUCGUGAUCAAGAAACCCAUUGUGAGAAAAUGUCGCAAAUCGCUCUUGUCGGAUUGGUACACAUUGAUGUCCAAAGCAGAUGAGUUCAAGGGCACUUCCAAUUACGAGAAGAUUGAAAUUUUGACACUUUUGGUGUUUCAGGUAACCCGGCGGGCAACCGCGUUUUUUGAUGUCUGGGCCCGGGAGAGUCAAGACAUCAUCAAGAGAGAUACCGAGAUUUCAUUGCGUGAUGAUUUAGAAAAGUACCCUCUUUUGCGCAACCCCCCAAGCGCAAGGCAGAGAGUGGCUGAAAUCAAUUCAGUUUUGUACUCCUAUUUGUCUUUGAUUAUCGGCAGACUUGACUUGGUGGAACACAAUCCUUCUGGGUGUGAUCUUUUGGAAACUAUGGUUCACCAUAUCAUUUUGCUUUUAAGGGAAUUGCUCUUCAUUUCCAAAACUGGCUCGGACUUGUAUGCGGAAAAGCCUCCUGAUCUCGAUGAUUCUCUCGACUCUCUCCUAUCUCUCGUCAACCAGAUUGUCACUGGCGUAAAGACAUUGGUCAUCAAUACGUUGAGCGAGUCUGGAAAUCACUCCAAUUAUUCUCAAAGUCUGCAUAGCAAGGGUCAAUACUCCCAUACCAAUGACGGAAAGGCGCUCAUUAUUAUCGCCGCAAACAUGGUACACGCCAUAGCAUUGACUAUCAGCUGUAUCCGUAAAACCCUCGAGCCAAUUGGUGACUACAAGCUCAGUUCUGAAAGAGCGUACCCAGACUACUCGCAAAUCAGGAUCUCACCAGAGGAAUUCACUAAAAUUUGCUCUGUUGGUUUAGUCAAGUCACUUGACCUCAAUGUUAGCGACUUGCGGUCAUUGAAGCAGAAGAACCAAAAGUCCUCAAAUCGUUAUUCAACUUUUCGUUCCGGAGAGCCCGGUGGGCAUGGUAUCACCGCCAAUGGUAUUGACUCACUUCACAAAGCGAUUCUUGUCGACACAGAAGCAUCUGCUCCGUUUGGGUCUGGCCAGGAGUUUAAACAAUAUCUCUCUUCCGAAGGGACCCAAACAGAGUCGGAAAGCUUCACCAUACAAGACGAGCUUCUUGUGGAUUCUAAUGGUAAUUUGCUCGGUGCCUCGUUCAAGGGUCUCAUUUUCACAUUGACAAAUGAAACUUCCCCCCCUGAGUACUUUUUUGUGUCUGCUUUCUUUAUCUGCUUUCGCAAUUUUGCCAGUGGUCUCAACUUAGCAGAGCUGUUAAUUCAUCGUUUUGAGUGUGACUAUUCUAUCGAAGCUAAUAAAGAUGUUCUGCUACCGGUGAAACUUCGAAAUAGGCAGAAGAUCAUUUGCAAAAUGUUUCAAAUUUGGAUGGAAUCCUACUGGGAUUAUAAGAACGACCAUGAAUACUUGAGCACUUUGAUAAACUUUUUCAAUGAAGCCGUGUUUGGAGUCUUGCCUUUCGAAGCGAUGAAGCUAAUUGAAGUCGCAUCCAGACUUGUAACCCAAAACCACGAGACUGAUCAGUUUAUUAGCAGAAACAUUUCGCUCGCGAAGAUAAAGAGAAAAAACCUGCUCCUACCAAACGGUGACUCUAGUCGAGCCCUUGCCUCCAGAUACUCGAUGGUGGACGGAUAUGAGUUAUCAAAAAUCAACACAAACAGCUCAGUGGCCAGCUCUCUAAAGUCCAUGACUUUACAUUUGCCAUUGGCAGUGAGUGGGCCGACCACUGCUACAAGCUCAUUGCUAACAAAAAGCCAACUCACUGCUAUUGAAACUCUCGUGAUUACUUAUCGGUCUGUUUUGCGUGAAAACUGGGUACCCAAAGCGUUGCUCGAAUCAAGAGACUUCGUUAUAGCAGAUAUCCGCGGUCUCUUACCAAAAUGGUAUGCACUCAGUGAUCAAAACUGGGUUUUAUCCAACUACCGUCCCAACCUUUUGGAUUUUAAUGGCUUGGAAAUUGCAAAGCAACUCACGCUUAUCGAAUCUGAGAUUUUCUGUUCUAUCCGAGCAAGCGAAUUGGUUGACGGAAAUUUCACCGCCAAGAAAGCGCAUUUGAAAUUGGCAAAGAAUGUGCGGCAGUCAUUAUUGUUCACUAAUUACCUAUCCGAGUACGUCGUGGAGUCCGUGUUGCAACCGCAAAUUAAUGAUAAAGUGAGAGUAAGCAUCAUAAAAACAUGGUUGAAGAUUGCAAUAUCCUGCUUGUAUUUGCGAAACUUCAAUUCCUUGGCUGCAAUUAUCACCUCUUUACAGUCUCAUUUAAUCACCAGAUUAACAAGGCUCUGGAGCGACCUCUCCGAAAAAUACACUGAGUUGUAUGAAUAUUUGUGCUGCAUUAUCCACCCAGAAAAAAACUACAAUUUGUACAGAACUAAGUUGAAGAGCUUCUUGUUAUCCAACGAAUACAACAUUCCAGUUGUGCCUUACUUCUCGUUGUUUCUUCAAGAUUUGACGUUUGUUACUGACGGAAACCCGAACUACAGAACAGCAAAUACAUUCUUGAAGCAGAAAUUGAUCAAUAUCGACAAAUACCUCAAACUCACACGAGUGAUUGCCGAUAUAGAGAGUUUACAAAUCCCUUAUGCGAGGAACACUGGGGGCAGACUAAUGAGAAGCGGAACACUCUUCUCGCUCACUCCAUCGAAGAAGAAUGAAUCGCACCUGCUGAAUGGACUCGAUGAAUAUUUCAUCGCGAGUGUACCGGCACUAAAAGAGUUGAUUCUACUCGAGCUCUGGAAGAUCUCCCAAGUUAACAAGAAGGAGGAAGACCGGGCAUGGAAGUUGAGUUGUGUCGUCCAGCCUAGAGACACCCCUCAAGUUCCUCAAGCUUAG